GUUAUCAUGCAGAACGGAGUAUAUAUAAGAGCAUAAGUAUGUAAGUUUGAUGCCAAGGGAAGCAUUAAGUGCAAAAACCCAAUCGGAGCAACCACGAAGAAAACAAUUAAAGACCAUGAUGAUCUUUGUGGUUAUGUUAGCGAUGCUUUUCUUGUGUGAGAAUGUGUCGGCAGAAUCCGAAGGUUUUAACGUUGGUUUUAUGGUGAAAUAUGGUUGUUACAAGAAAGAAUGUUAUGCAUAUUGUGGUCAGUCCUGGACACGUGGUACGUGGUGCUUUUUGAAAGCACGUCACAAUGGCAAAUAUAUCGACCGUGCAGCAAGCUGCGAAGAUGACCAAGAUUGCGCAGAUGUUAUCAAAACUGGAAAAAGUGUUAUGCCAUGCUAUUCUGAUUGUAAACUUUGAUUUGUAAAACUCAAGCCUUAAAGAACCUGUAAACGUACGUUA